AAAAAAAAAAAGGCCUUCCUGUUCCUCGCUCCGACCGAAGACAAGAAUUCAACUGGCAAUGGCGUCGAGCAGCAGAGAAGCGAGGAGGCGGAAGAUUUUAGAAAGAGGAUCCGAUCGCUUGGCCUUUAUCACUGGUCAGAUCAACGACGUUCCUCCUCCUCCUCCUCCUCCGCCUUCUUCCGAUCCCACUUCUCUUUCUGAAUCUCAUCUCCCUACAGACGACACGGUUCCGCCUCGUGAUCAGAUACGUACUGAUCGAGAAACAGCUUUCACAAGCCAUCAGGAAAACACCUCCGAUGCUUUGUUUGAUAACGUGAAUCAUAUCAUCCAUCAAAGAAGAGCAGAAUCGCUUCAGCCUCACAAGUACACCGAGACAUCGGCAGAAGCCUCAGCUUCAACAACACUACAACAACCGUCUCCUGCAACAUCAACCACUCAAACCCCACCAGUGGUAGAUUUGGGUGCUUCUCAAGCAUUUACUCCUCUGGUCAGUUUCGCUAACACCAUCACUCCAAAUCACAUUGGAGCCGCCAUCGAUGCGUCAGAAUACGCAUGUCUGUAUACACUUUUGACACAUUACUAAUAAGCCACGUUCUCAAACAUCUCAUAUUCAUAUU